UGGACCAGUCAUCCAACAUCACAGGGAAACAACGGCUUCAUCACACAAACCUUGACAUAUCUGUCACAUAAUUUGCAGGUCUGACCUUGGCAGGAAGAGAUGGACGCUUUGAAGCGGACUCUGUUCUUUGUGUGGCUUUGCAUCAAUGCUGUUCAAACUGAAACCUCCUCUUGGUCCAUUACGUUGCCCUCAACAGUGAAAGGGCUGAUUGGAUCCUGUGUGGUGAUUCCCUGCACGUUCAACUACCCGGAUCAUAAAGGAAAAGCUAACAAAUUCACUGGGAUUUGGACCGAAAGCUUGCAAAGCAGAGCAAGUCUCUUCAUCUAUCACCCAGAUGCGUCGAAAGUUGUGCAGCAGUAUCAGACUCGGACAGCGCUGCUCGGAGAUGUCACGCACAAGAACUGUACACUGAAGAUUGAUCCUCUUCAGCAAAGUGACCAAGGGCCUUUUUAUUUCAGGGUGGAAAUGGCUAACUUUAACAACUAUACAUACAAAGAAAAAGUCUCCAUCACAGUUUUUGGUGCACUAAAUAUUGCUCUCACGGUGAAAGAAGUCACGGAGGGUCAGACCGCGCUGGCGUCCUGCUCUGUGUCUCCCGCCUGUCCCACCUCUCUUCCUGUCUUCAGCUGGAGUCACCCCGGAGAGGAAUAUUUCCACUCAAUGCAGUUUGAAGACGGCCAGUGGAAAGCGACAGCUACUCUCACAUUUCACCCCACCAAAGCUGACCACAACAAGCCUUUACUGUGCACUGUGCGGUACGACGGAGGGCGGCAGCAGGAAACAACCAAGCUCCUCAAAGUGAAGCAUGCACCAGUGAACGUGAUGGUCGAGUACAAGUCAGACGUAAAGGAGGGUGAGGCUGUGCAGCUGGAAUGUUCCAGUGAUGCUUACCCUCCGGCCAACAGCUAUGAGUGGUACAAUGAAACCGGUGUUCAGAUGCAUCAGGGAAACACCUACAUGAUACCAAACGUCUCCAGAAACAUGGACGCAUUUUACUGCACCGCCAUCAACACAGUAGGACGAGGGAAAUCAAGCCCAGUGCGGCUAAGUGUCUUAUAUGCCCCUGAGAUUAAGCUGGCCUCCUCCUGCUCCUCACUGGGUGACGUGGUGAAGUGUAUGUGCAUUGUGGAGUCCAAGCCUCCCAGCAUGGUCCAUUUUGUGAUUCCUGAAAAAGUCUUUGCAGGCACCAAGAUAGAGAGACAUGGCUCUGUUACCAUCGGGACCCUGCAAGCAGAGUUUGGAUCUUCUGAGGUUGUCCACUGUCUGGCAAACAACACAAUAGGCAUUGCCAACUUCACUCUCUCUUUACCUGUCAAUGGUAAGAUGCAUCAUCUCUUCAUUGCCAUCGCCACUGGAGCAGGUGUGGUUUUGAUGAUACUUUUAAUUGCAGUGGUAUUGGUAAUAAAAUGUAGGAGAUCAUCUGGAGAUGCACCAACACUUCACAUACAAACAAACAAAGGUGAAGAGCUCCCUGAGUAUGGUAAAGCAAAUAGAAAAGAAAAGAGAGACUGUGGCGACAUGCAGUGGUCUGCCAGCUAUAGCAGUAACAAUGUGUAUGGCAACAUUGAGACUGACAACGAUGCUAUAUACGCCAAUGUGUGACUGGGCUGAAUUUACCAGUGUUGCAGAGCGUUGUCCAGAUGAUGUGGCUGGAGAAAGCACAAACAAAGAAAUGAAUAUGCUAUUUCCAUAAUUGUUUUUCUGUAUGCUUAUUUACAUAUAAGGUUUUAUGUCUUAAAACGCAGAAAUCCGUCUGAUCAACAGCAAUACACUGUGUGCUGAGAUUAUUCAACAUUAAAAUAUAGUAGUCAUUUACUUACUUGGCUUGCUCUUAAAAACCUUAUUAGUCAUUCAGCAGCUACUCAGUGUUUGUGAUGAAGAAUAAAAUGUUUUCAACACAGA